UGAAGAGGAAAGGAACGAAAUUGCAGUGCAGCGUUGGUUCAGCUAAAACGAACAGACCUUUCUAUAGCGAUAAAUGUAUAGUGGGGAUGAUCGCCUGAUAGGAAGUCCUUUCUAGCAUUCAACCCGGCUUUCUCGAUGUUCAAUUUCGUCUGAUAUAUCGUCGUGCCUUUUGUAAUAAUUCGAAUCUCGUUUUCUAGUUGUAAAAUACAAAGUUUAAAUUGUUUUGACAAAAUGUUAGAUUUUAUGGGUAAUUCAAGAAAGAACGAGGUCGAUAAUGGAGCGUACAGCAACACUAACAUACCAGUUACGUUACAACAAGGUUUAUCUCUUAGCCCGUAUAUGAAUGUCGACCCAUCGUAUCUUCCCAUUAGUCAACCAGAAUUUAUAUUUCCUGAGGGAGCUGUGAAGCAAAGAGGUCGUUUGGAAUUAGCUUUUGGCCAGAUUGGAGCAGCAUGUAUAUUAGGUGCAGGAAUCGGUGGAGCAUCAGGUUUAUACAGAGGCAUUAAAGCAACGACUAUCGCUGGUGAAACUGGCAAACUCAGAAGAACACAAUUGAUCAAUCAUGUUAUGAAAGGUGGAGCUAAUAUGGCAAAUUCUCUUGGUGUAAUAACGAUAAUGUAUACAUGUGCUGGCAUAGGUAUAACUUGGAUCAGAGGAACUGACGAUAGUCUCAAUACAAUAGGCGCAGCAGCGGCGAGUGCCGCAUUAUUUAGAUCUGCUGCCGGAGUCAGAAAAGCUGGUUUUGCGAGUGCUAUAGCUGCAGGUGUUGCAACAAUGUAUUGCAUAUGGAACAAUGGUGGCUUCUCGUCGCAACGUAUGAGGGAAUGGAAGUCGUAUCGGUCGUAAAAAUGUGUACAUAUAUAGUAAACUAUUUAGCUAAAUUAUACUUCGCCUGUAUAUUUUUACGUCACAUUUCACAAUCGCUGCCUUGCGGCAGUCAACCGUAGAGACUAUUACGCUAAAGAAUAUUGAAGAGGGCAGAUUGUACGAAUCUAUUUAUAAGCGGGAUUAAGAGAAUAUUGGGAAUAAAUUGUUAACCGUGUAAUCGCUAUUUAACGCGUUGUAAAACUAAAUAACAGAUACACGUACAAAAGAUAAUAUGUAAUUCAGUUGCGAUAGUUAUAAUACAGAUGCAAAUUAUAAGACGAAGUAUAAUAACUUGUAUGCGCAACGACGAGGAUUGGAAAAGUAUCGUAUGUGAACUAUGGCACUAUGUAAAGAAUUUUCAUUCUCUAAGCGCAUCAUUUGUUUUGGUCAGGAGCAGAUUUCUUCCGUGUAUAGAACCUCAGAAUUUUGUACAAUAGUCCUGUGUACAUGUUGUACCAAAGGUAGCUUCUAAUAUAACGUAAGAAAUGGAGGCUUAUGAUAAAAUUCUACAAGGAACAGAAGACAUUUGCUGAGACAUUUCGACACGCGGCAUUCGUUUGUAUCGAAUUCUUAAUUGGUAGAAUCAAAUUCGAAGAAUCGAGUACUGUCAAUUCGUAAACGUUUUAUGUAAUUUGCGUUAGUACAGUACCAUGGACGCGAAACUCGUUAAAUCUUGUGUUCCAAAUAACAUGCAAAGAAUAAAUCCAAUUGUAUCACA